AUGGACUACAAGGAGCGGCUGAAAAGAUUUACUACCAUAUUAAAUUCACCAAACCCCGUAUCUCUCCCUGGCCUAUGUGGAUUAUGUCUUCAAGGGAUUCCAGAUGAGUAUUCUAUACGGUCGAAGGCGUGGAUGCUGAUGCUAGAAUACCUGCCCACUGACAAGUCUCAGUGGAAAGAAGUCUUGCGUAGUCAUCGAGAAACAUAUACGUCAUUUGUUCAGGAACUCCUCAUAGACCCAUGGAAAAAACUCAGUUUACAAGAAGAUGCUGAAACCGCUGAAGCUGAGGAUCAUCCUUUAAGCACAAAUAAAGACUCAAGAUGGAAACAGUAUUUUGAAGAUAACCAAACAUUGGAACAAAUUGACAAAGACAUUCGAAGAACUUUACCAGAUCUUUCCUUUUUUCAAGGAAAAUCAGAUGAUGCUAUGAGUUUUUCUGUUUCCUCUGCUGCAGAAGUUCAAGUCGAAAACUCUGGAAGCACCUCAUCUUUUACUCAGACCGGAUCCUCAAUCCAGGACAUUUCUUUUCAGAAUAAAGAAGAAUAUAUCCAAUUUUUAGAGGAUUCGCAUUACUCUUUACAAGCAAGGAUUUAUCAACUGGACAGUGAGUCUCCUACUUCCUCAAGUAUUUUGUCCAACAAACCAAGAAAAAGCAUAGAAAAAGCAUCUCAAGAAAAUGACGAGGAUGAAUUAGGUAUUCAUCGUGAAGCUACAGAACGAAUUUUAUUUAUUUACGCUAAAUUAAACCCUGGCAUUGGGUAUGUUCAAGGCAUGAAUGAACUGCUCGCUCCUUUAUAUUAUGUCUUAGCAACAGACCCUUCUUAUGAAAAUCGAUUCUAUUGCGAGUGUGACUCAUUUUUUUUAUUUACAGAGAUGAUGGUUCAAGUUCGCGAUCUUUACGAAAAAACUUUGGACCAUGACUCUGGUCAUGGCAUUUACUUCCUGAUGUCAAAAUUCACAGACCGCUUACGGCAAUACGAUUUUGAAUUAUGGGAAUGUAUGAAAAAGAAGGAAAUCAAUCCCGCUUACUACUCUUUUCGCUGGUAUACUUGUCUUUUCACUCAAGAAUUCCCUUUGCCGGAUGUAAUACGUCUGUGGGACUCAAUUAUUGCUGAUCAAACACGAGCACGUUUAUUAGGCAAAAAUGAAGAUGGCUUCAAUGGCGCAUUCGAUUUUGCUAUAGAUUUUUGUUGUGCUAUUCUAAUUGAGUUACGAGAAUAUCUUCUAAAGUAUAGCUUCGCAGAUUCUAUAAAGCUACUUCAAUCUCAAUUUUCUGCGGACAUGUCGACGUUGUUGAAUGUGACUUUUGAAUUGGAGUCAUUAAGGAAAAACAAAAGUGUAGGAAGUGAUAUGUCUUAUGUCCCCGGAAAAUCUUUUAUUACAAACGACUUGACUAACUCAGUGAAAAAUCGAAUGCUUGCAACCUACAAUAGUGUCAAAAACACCAGUUCUCAAAACGUGAAACAGCCUAGUAAAGAUUCAGAAGAACCCGCAAGCGACUCUAGAUCUUUCUUCCCCAGUUUUCGAAGUUCUUUGGAUGAAACACCUCCAAAUCCCUAUUUUAAGAUAAAUAAGAACGUUCGAACUAUAUUUGCUACACCGAAAACACCAGAACAUCAAGAUUCGGAGGGAGGAUGGUCAACUUUAAAAACAAAGGGUAAUAACCUAUUUAACAAAGUAGGAAAUAUUGUCGGAGAUGCUGUCCGCUACGUAACGGAAGAAGAAGAAUUUAGUGAAGAAGAGGAUUUUACUGAUACCAGUCGCAAGAUUGGUGAGUCACGCAGACGAAAAACCGUAUCUCGAAAAAAUGUAAUUUAA